AUGGAAAAGGCAGUAAGGGCCCUGUCUUUCCCCCUGUCUGUCCGGCUCCUGUCUGUCCCCAGCCUUCUAUGUCUCCUGUCCCUGCUGUGCUGUGUCCCUGCGGGGAGACCCUGUCUGCAGUGUGACCGCAGGGUCAGGCUCCUCCAUGAAGACUACCUAUUGGCUGCUGCCUCUGCCACCGUAGAGGACCAGAUAGAACUGAAGAAGAUUCUAGACUACGCCUACGUCACCUACACAACCACCAGCAACCAGGCCAGUACAGAAUACCAGAGUGAGUUUGACCGUUUCCAGGGCAGCCAACUCACAGGGCCUCUGACGUUUGAGGCCAUUCAAAUUCUGGAGAAAGGCAGGAGAAUUCUAGAGAAACACCUGCAGACUUUUGUCCAGAAAGGUCUCUGCCCAAACAAAUGUGGGUUGCUGUAUCAGAGAGUAAUGAACUGCCUUUCAUGUCAGUACAAGCUGCACACCUGCCCCUCUACCACUCAGGACUGCGGGGAGUAUCCAGUGAAGGCAGCAGAGGGGGGACAGGCAGUGUUGGACUGUUUCCUCCCCUGGCAUAGUCUAGUGGUGGGCCGGCCAGAUUAUCACUACACCUGGGCUCCAGGGACGCAAAGGACUCUGACAGAGGGAGAUUUCAGAGUGCUGGUGGUUACUGAGGAUUCCUCUGUGGUGCUGAACCAGCUGCAUGUCGAUGAGGAGGGCAUGUACCGCUGCCUCCUAACGGAUGGCAAAGGAACUGUCCUUUCACGCACACACUUCCUGCUCACUGUCACCCCGUCACCUGUCCCGACUCCCAGAUCUCUCCUCACCCUGCCCUCCCUCCCUCCUAGUUAUGAUGCCUCCCCCAUUUCUCACCCUCCCACUGACCUCCUGCUGGUCAUCAUCAUCAUGGUUACUGCCCUGAGUCUGACGGCCAGCCUAGGCCUUGCUAUUGCUUUUGGGUGA